AUGAAACCUCCCCCUGUCCUGACUUUUCUUUGCCUCCUGGUGGCCCUGGCCGGGGGGAACCUAGUCCAGUUUGGUGUGAUGAUCGAGAGGAUGACAGGAAAGCCGGCUCUGCAGUACAAUGACUAUGGCUGCUACUGUGGUGUGGGCGGCUCUCACUGGCCAGUGGACCCGACUGACUGGUGUUGCCAUGCCCACGACUGCUGUUACGGACGCAUGGAGAAGCUAGGCUGUGAGCCCAAGCUGGAAAAGUACCUCUUCUCUAUCAGCCGGUACAACAUCUUCUGUGCCGGCAGGACCACCUGCCAGCAGAAGACCUGCGAGUGCGACAGGAGGGCUGCUCUCUGCUUUCGCCAAAAUCUGGGGACCUACAGCCGCAAGUAUGCCCAUUACCCCAACAAGCUGUGCACUGGACCCACUCCACCCUGCUGA